UCGAAAAGGAUAAUCGCAACACCGAGAUCCUGCUGAAUCAGACACAAUGAGACCUACUCAGGUUCGUCUGGGCGGUGGCGCCCCUCAACCCAAGACCGGCCACUGGCUCGGUGACUGGGGCUCCUUUGGUGGUGCCAAGCAGAAGGGCAUUAUCGACUACGGCCUGUCUGCUAACCGUCAGAACCCCUUUGCCGGCGCUGCCCACGAUGCCCUCUUCAACACCUUCCGCCGCACCAAGUCCCAGGUGUUCUACUGGCUCCCUCCUAUGAUCAUUGGUUACUACCUGAUGAACUGGGCUACCGAGCGCAACCACUACCUCAACUCCAAGGCUGGCCGUGCUGAGUUUGCUGAGUCGGAGGAGUAAAAUGGUGCACGACUAUGUUGAAUUAUGGGUGUCCAGGGGACCCAGUGUAUAUCAGCGUCUAGAUCAGGAGAAAACAAUAGAAACGGUUGGCUCUACG